UUCUUUUUAUCCACCAAAAAUAUAUGGGAUCCGAUUCGGACAUGGUGUUGGAACAUUCUCCAUCGACAAAGCCAGUUCAUGUAAUGCUCGUGUCGUUUCAAGGACAAGGCCACGUCAACCCUCUACUUCGUCUCGGCAAGCUAAUUGCUUCCAAGGGUUUACUCGUUACCUUCGUCACUAAUGAGCUUUGGGGAAAGAAAAUGAGACUAGCCAACAAGAUCGUUGACGGUGAGCUUAAACCGGUUGGUUCCGGUUCAAUCCGGUUUGAGUUUUUCGACGACGAAUGGGCAGAGGACGAUGACCGGAGAGCUGAUUUCAUUGUGUACAUUCGACACCUCGAGAGCGUUGGGAUACGAGAAGUGUCGAAACUCGUGAGAAGAUACAGAGAAGCGAACGAGCCUGUCUCUUGUCUGAUCAAUAACCCGUUCAUCCCAUGGGUUUGCCACGUAGCGGAAGAGUUUAACAUUCCCUGUGCGGUUCUUUGGGUUCAGUCUUGUGCUUGUUUCUCUGCUUAUUACCAUUACCAAGAUGGAUCUGUUUCUUUCCCUACAGAGACAGAACCUGAGCUCGAUGUUAAGCUCCCUGGUGUUCCUGUCUUGAAUCACGAAGAGAUCCCUAGCUUUCUCCAUCCUUCUUCUGAGUUCAUCGGUUUGCGGCAAGCGAUUCUUGGACAGUUCAAGAAUCUUAGCAAGUCUUUCUGCGUCCUGAUCGAUUCUUUCGACGUCUUGGAACAAGAAGUUCUUGAUUACAUGUCCACUCUUUGUCCGGUAAAAACCAUUGGACCGCUUUUUAAAGUCGCUAAAACCAUUACUUCUGAUGUAAGCGGCGACAUUUGCAAACCGGCGGAUCAGUGCCUCGAAUGGUUAGACUCGAGGCCUAAAUCAUCCGUUGUCUACAUUUCUUUCGGGACUGUUGCGUAUUUAAGGCAAGAACAGAUCGAGGAGAUCGCUCAUGGGGUUUUGAUAUCAGGUUUAUCGUUCUUAUGGGUGAUUAGACCUCCACCGCAUGAUUUCAAAGUCGAGGCCCAUGUAUUGCCGCAAGAAAUCAAAGAAAGUAGUGUCAAAGGUAAUGGGAUGAUUGUGGAUUGGUGUCCACAGGAGCAAGUCUUGGCUCAUCCUUCAGUGGCAUGUUUCGUGACUCAUUGUGGAUGGAACUCGACGAUGGAGUCUUUGUCUUUGGGGGUCCCGAUGGUUUGUUGUCCGCUGUGGGGAGAUCAGGUGACCAAUGCGGUGCAUCUUAUUGAUGUUUUUAAGACCGGAGUUAGGCUUGGCCGUGGAGCGACAGAGAAGAGGGUUGUGCCUAGGGAAGAAGUGGCAGAGAAGCUUUUGGAAGCGACAGUUGGGGAGAAGGCAGAGGAGUUGAAGAAGAAUGCUCUGAAAUGGAAGGCGGAGGCGGAAGCCGCCGUGGCUCCAGGAGGUUCGUCGGAGAAGAAUUUUAAGGAGUUUGUAGAGAAGUUAGGGGUGGGAAUAUCCAAAAGUUAAAGGAGAACGGAAACUAGACAAAGAGGCUGUCUUAUCAUUUUUUCAUCUAAGUGAAUCUUUCUGUGGUGGAUUGGGAAGUUAAAAUUUUCUGUCUUUGUUAAUCACGGUGUAAUUAAUUAUUAAUUCAAUGUUGGAAUCAAUAAAUUGUUAAUGCU